AUGGCACGGGCUAUCUUAAUCCAGCUGCCUGGUUAUGAGCACAACCAGGAUGCCAUACUCGAAGAUAUCAGGGUGUACCUCUCCGCUCUACUAUCUGGGCUUAGCCUCGACCCUCCCCACGACGUCCUAGCACCUGUCAUUAAGAGCUGGUUUACCCUAGAGCACUCUAUGGCUUCGAUUGACGCUCUGUCCCAGUGGUGCCUGAAGGAUAAGAGACGCAUUUCAGUACAACUCAACGAUCUUCGUCCUCUUCAGUGCAACUGUGGUGCGAUAGGGGAGAAGGAGACCCACUUGAUAGAGGAACAUUUUAAGAGUGGCUAAUGCAGCUAGGCCAACUACCUACUACAAGGAAUUGCGCUGGGAGGAACCAGAGGGCUGGGGUUUCAGACUAGGCGAACUAGGAGGCAUCGUUCUCGGAUACAGGAUAGAGGAGAAGGAAAGGAGGACUCAUCAGACUGUAAAACAGAACCAUGCAAAGUCGAGCGUAGG